GUCCUUACUAUAGGGAACAUUUCUUUCAUUCAUAUUUGCUUAAUUAAUGAUUCCAAAUUUUUUUGAGUGAAUUCUUAUGUUUCAUUCAUUCAUCUAAUUUUAAGGAUUUUAUUUUAUAUUGUAUAUAUAUAUAUAUCAACUAACAUAAAAUGGUUGCUACAGAACAAGGUGGUGUCCUUUCUGGCGCAGUACCGACUCAUUAUAAUGAAAAUGAUCCUAUAACUUUAUUUAUAAUACAAGUUAUUUUGAUCAUAUUUUUUACACGUAUUCUCCAUUUUGGUUUGUCGCGCUUUCGACAACCACGUGUUAUUUCAGAAAUUAUUGGUGGUAUUAUCCUUGGACCAUCAGUACUUGGACGCAUACCUGGAUUUAAUGAUGCAAUUUUUCCAAAAGCGUCUAGAGCCAACUUAAAUUUACUUUCUACGUUGGGUUUAAUUUUGUAUUUAUUCAUCGUUGGUGUUGAAUUGAACCCAAAAGCCUUGAUAAAGAAUGCAAGAGUAGCAUUGACUAUUUCUGCCGCGGGUAUUGCGUUACCUUUUGCCUUGGGUAUUGGCGUUGGUUAUGGAUUAUAUCAUGCGAUGGGUAAUGAUAGUCAAACAACUUUCUCCAGUUUUAUACUUUUCAUUGGUGUAGCAAUGUCGAUCACGGCAUUUCCAGUACUUGCACGUAUUUUAUCGGAACUUCAACUUCUUAGAACACCAGUUGGAUCUACUGCUCUUACUGCGGGUGUUGGUGAUGACGUAGCUGCAUGGGUUUUAUUGGCUUUAGUAGUCACCAUCGUUAAUGCUUCUAAUUCACUAAUCGCUUUAUAUGUCUUCCUUCUGGCAAUUGCUUGGACAUUAAUAGUUAUAUUUGUUAUACGUCCUAUCUUGUUAAAACUCAUUGUUAAGACUGGUAGUAAUGAUAACGGACCUACUGUAAUGAUGGUGGUUAUUACUUUAUCCAUCGUGUUAAUAUCUGCAUUUGUUACAAAUGUUAUUGGCGUGCACGCAAUUUUUGGAGGGUUCUUAGUUGGUGUUAUUAUUCCACAUGAAGGUGGUUUCGCUGUGGGUAUAACAGAAAAGAUUGAAGAUUUGGUCAAUGUUCUGUUUUUGCCAAUUUAUUUUGCUUUGUCUGGAAUAAAAACUCAAAUUGGUCUCUUGAAUGAUGGGGCAUCCUGGGGGUGGGUCAUUUUGGUGAUUAUUGUUGCAAUGGUUGGCAAGAUAACAGGCGCUACACUUGCGGCCAGAUUAAACAAAUUGGCUUGGAGAGAGUCCCUGACAAUAGGUGUUUUUAUGAGUUGUAAAGGUCUUGUUGAGUUGAUCGUACUCAACCUUGGAUAUGACGCAGGAGUUAUUAAUGGUAAAAUAUUUGUGAUCAUGGUUGCCAUGGCAUUGGUUACUACAAUCUUAACUACUCCUUUAGCAACGUGGUUAUAUCCACAUGAAUACCAAAGGAAAAUGGAACUUAAACGUAUCGGUCAUUUGGAACCAGAAGGAACUGGCGAUCGUACUGAUGAGAUCUCAACAAAAAAGAAUAGAUUGUUAAUUGUUCUUAAUAAGGUUGAAUAUCUUCCGCCAAUGAUGAUGCUCGUACAAUUAUUGCAACCACUAUCAGCCAUUGUAAGAAAACAAGUUGAAGAAAAGGGAGAAAAUGAAAAAACAGCUACUGUCCAAACUCAACCGAAUGCAUCAAUUACUGUCCAUGUGUUACGACUCAUUGAAUUAACUCAACGUAUUUCUACUGUAAUGAAGAUCAGUGAAACUGAAGAAACAUUGCAUGAUCCGAUCAUGAAUCUUUUCAGAUCAUUUGGACAAUUGAAUUUUGUUAAAGUCAAAGCAAACCUUGCUGUUGUUGCACAACAAGACUUUGCACAGCACGUUGCCGAAAGGGCUGAAGAUACUGAUGCUAAUUUAGUAAUAGUUCCUUGGGGUGGCGCAGGUUCGGUUAUUGAUGAUCAGUCAAAUCCAUUUGUUGGACCAAGAGAAAAGAAAGAAACAAGUCCACAAGUCGCGUCUUUCACUCAAGAGGUCUUCUCUGAAGUAACUAACAGAGCAAAUGUUGGUGUCUUUGUAGAUCGUGGUCUUGGUGUUUCCUCUUUAAAUCAGAAGGAAAGUAGUAUUACUAGCAUAUCAGUUCGCGUUUUCUUACCAUUCUUCGGUGGCAUUGAUGAUCGUGAGGCAUUGACUUUUGUCAUUCAAUUACUUGACCAUCCAAAUGUGUCAGUUGAUGUUCUUAGAAUCAUUAAAUCUUCUGAGCCUACCGAACAUGAUACUAUAUUAAAAAACAAUACACUUAUGACUGAGACCGGAGAUAAAAUACCAGAAGAUUCUGAAGAUGUUCAACGUCCUCCACUUGCACACAAAAUAUCUUCAGCAUCUGCUCACAUUUUACAUUCGAAUGACGAACGCAAAGCAUCUGAUGAUGCCGAUGAAGAGUUAUUAAAACAAGUUUUAAAGUCACGUACGGGUGUUGUAGCAUCAAAUGCUCGAAUAAAUUAUACGGAGAUAUCGUCAUCUACACCUCUACAAACAGCAGUUAACCGUGCCAAAGAUAUAGUCAGUCGUAAGGAUUUAAUUGUGGUUGGACGUGGACGUAAUGAUGUUACUUUUAGUCAUAAAGCAGAAUCCUUGGAUAUACUCAAAAAUUUGGGAGAUUAUGGUAGUGAUACACGUAAAUCAUUAGGUGAUAUAGCACAAGCAUUUUUAUCUGGUGGUACUGCAGCAAGUAUUUUAGUUUUGCAAGCAAAGAAAAAUACGAAUUCAAAAUUAAAAGAAAUUGCUUAAUAUAUUUAGUUUUAUUAUUUUGUUAUAUAUUAUUUGAUUAAGCAAGAUGUAUACAGGGCGUGAGGAGUAUUAUUAUAGGUGGAUUUGCAGCAUCUAAUAGUAUUUAUAUCUUAUAUAUUGUAAUUUUAUCUUUUUUAAAUGUAAACUUUUUUUGUAUGAUUUAGUAUUUGAUUAGUAGAACGGAACAACUUUAUUGCGUUGAAUGCUAAUCUCAUCAUUAAAAAAAAAAUCUUAUUGAGUAUUUCGUUUGAGACUUUUCGAGUAAACUAUUUGAACAACUUACAGCACGUAUCGAAAUUGUUGUAGUAACAAAAUGCUAUGUGGUUUAAAAUCUAAUAUUAUUACCAUUGUUUUAUGAAUUUAAUAUUAAUCAUAUUUUUAAUGCUAUUACAAAAAAAAAAUUUAAUUGUUAAUAACUUUUUUCCAUAAAUAAAAUUGCUAAAUAAAACAUAUUGCAUAUUGUAUAUUAUUCAAAUAAUAAU